AUGUCUAUUGCAUCUGAUGCCUUACAUACUCUCAGAGCCUCUCCUGUCGUCGGAGUUGGUGGUGUGUAUGCUACCUGGAACGGCAUCAACGAGAUUGUCACCGUCGCCGCUGAGGUGCCAGGGACUGUUGAGCAUCAACUUUGGAAGAUUCAAGAGGUCAAGGGCAAGGAAGGCAUAUACACCAUCGUUCGCCUCACAAAGGAGGGCGCUUUUGACGGAAGUUGGUCCCUGAAGGACAACGCUGCUGUACCGCACGGCCCCAUCAUCAUUUCAAAAGAGACCGUCGAGUGGCACAUUGACCACAUCAAGAAUGGCGUGCCCCAUGCAAUCACGCAUGUAUCAUCUUCGAAUGCCCGUGGAACGUAUCUCACCGCCAUUCUCUAG